UCUCACUUCAUCGACUCAACAACCACCACGACUACAAAUCCAAAAUGAACAAGAUCAUUGCCGUCGUUCUCUGCUUGGCUUUCGCCUCCAUGACCAUGGCUGGCAACCCCUUGAUGAUGGGUGGUUUAGGAAUGAUGAACCCCUACAUGAUGGGUAUGGGAGGCUUAGGUAUGAUGAACCCCUACAUGAUGGGUAUGGGAGGUUUAGGCAUGAUGGGUAUGGGAGGUUUAGGUAUGAUGGGUAUGAUGAACCCCUACAUGAUGGGCAUGGGAGGUUUAGGUAUGAUGGGCGGUUACGGUAUGAUGGGCGGUCUUGGUAUGAUGGGUGGACUUGGUAUGAUGACCGGAUACAAGAAAUAAGCUACAAGACGAUAUGAGCAGAUUAUAGAACAAAUUAACAAUAUGAAAUAUUACCUAAUAUAUACCUCUAAUUAUAUCUCUAAUUUGUAUUGUAAAUUAAUAUAUAUAUUAUACCAGAAUAUUUUAAUAAAUAGAUAUCACAGAUAU